AUGGAGCAGAUCCAUGAUAAUUGCAUUAAAAGCAAAGGAAAAAUGGGUUUUAUAAACGACAAAUACAAUAUGCCAGAUCCAAAUUCAGAAAAUUAUGAGGAAUGGCAGAAGGUAGACAAUAUGGUAAUUUCUUGGAUUUUACAUGCACUUUCUAAAGAUUUAGCUGAAGUUUUUCUUUAUGCAACUACUUCUUAUGAAUUGUGGGAAGAAAUUAAUGAGAGAUUUGGGCGUAGUAAUGGGCCAUUGAUGUAUCAACUAAUGAAGCAAAUUAGUACUUUUUUUCAGGGUAAUAAUUCACUUGUGGUGUAUUACACAAAAUUGAAAAGGUUGUGGGAUGAAUAUACUUGUUCAGCACAUGAGUGUGUAUGUGGUGCCUCUAAACUUUUUGUUGAAAUUGAAAAUAAACAUAAAGUGAUGCAGUUUCUGAUGGGAUUAAAUGAUGCUUAUGACCAUGUGAGAAAUCAGAUUCUCAUCAUGGAACCUCUUCCCAACGUAAAUAAGGCCUUUUCUUUGGUGACACGGGUUGAGAAACAUAAAGACGUGUAUAAUAGUAAUGAAGAUUUUGGUAAUAGUGCAAUGGUAGUAAAAACUCAAGAUUAUAGUAGAGAUGUUAAGGGUGGAAAGCAACAGUACAAGAAGAAGGAGGAUAGAGUCUGCACUUAUUGUAAAGCUACUGGACAUGUGAAAGAAACCUGUUUCAAAUUAAACGGUUAUCCUGACUGGUUCAGUGAAUAUAAACAAAAGAAGGGAAAAGGGAAGAUGAAUGUGGUUGCUCAAAUCAGUGAAACACCAUUAAACUAUGAUGGUGGACGUGUACCACAGAAGACAGAUUGGAAUACGAAAAUGAUAAUACAGGAAAUGAUGAAAUAUAUGAAGGCUCAUGGUCAAGGUGCUGCUGCACUUAUGACUGAGGAGGCUGGCUGUGUCAAUUACACUGGAUUUGCAGGCAUGUCAUCUAAUUACUACUCUUAUGAUUGUAAUGAUAAUGAUCUAGGUGAAUGGAUUAUAGAUACAAGAGCCACAACCCACAUGUGCAAUAACCUUGAUUUGUUCAGUACACAUAAAAAAUUAGCCAAUUCCAACUAUGUAACCCUACCUAAUGGAACAAACAAAACUGUUUCUCACAUUGGAACAAUUAUUCUUCAUCCAAAGUUAAAACUUACAAAUGACCUAGUGACUAAGGAGGUUUUGGCUACUGGAAGGAUGCACAAGGGUUUAUACAGGCUAAAUAAAAAGUCAUUUAGCUUUUCCAUUCCUUCAUGUUCAAACUCUUGUAAACCACAAUUCUCAGUAUCUCAACAAAGGUUGUCCUUUGCCAAAAGUAAAAUUUCAACUGAAGAUAUUUUUGAGCUAGUACAUAUUGACUUAUGGGGUCCUUAUUCUGUGCCAUCAAUUUCUAGUGCCAAAUGUGUCGUAACAUUGGUGGAUGACUUCUCUAGAGCUACUUGGACAUAUUUACCGCAUGAUAAGACAACAGUGUUUGUUGUUAUUAAAGAAUUCAUAGCAAUGAAAUCUAAGUUUGAAGAAAGGGCAUUCAAGUGUGUUUUUUUAGGAUAUGUGCAUGGCAUUAAAGCAUAUAAACUAUAUGAUAUACAACAUAACAAGGUAAUUGUGUCUAGAGAUGUGGUAUUUCAUGAAACCUGUUUUCCUUAUCAUUCUAUUAAAGAUACUUUUGUCCCAUCAUCUAUUGUUUUGCCUAAUCCUGUUUUUCCAUUAGAAGUAAUUUCUUCCCCUUCACCAAAUAAUUAUGAUCAUACUUCAUCCGCUCAUACUCAUGCACCUAUGCCAUUACCACCUUCACAACAUAUAGUUGAUGCUCCAUCACUUGUUGCUAAUCCAUCUUCUACCUCUCAUAUAUUCCUAGUUAUCUUAAUGUUCUUAUCCCUACUAGAAAAGUACAAGGCAAAUAACCAGACCAGGCUGGCUAAAUGA